AUGGUAUCUAUAGUUGAUGCUGGAGAGCCAUUCGAUAAUUACAAACCACCGUCAUGGGAUGAAUUUUUCAUGCUAAAAGUAUAUUUAACAGCUUCUAAAUCCAAAGAUCCAAGGACAAAAAUUGGUGCUGUUCUUGUUCGCGAUCGACGUGAUUUAAUAUCGGGUUAUAAUGGAAUUCCGGAAGGCGUUGAAGACCUAGAAGAGCGUUUUAAUCGUCCAGAAAAAUACUUAUAUUUUGAACAUGCCGAACGAAAUGCAAUAUUCACUGCUGCUAGACAUGGGAUAACGACACACGGUGCAACACUUUACACACAAGCACUUCCAUGUGUCGAUUGCGCAAGAGCAAUUAUCCAAAGUGGUAUAACAAAAAUAUAUGUUCAUGAACAAUUCUACAAAUUGUGUGAAAAAGUGAAGCGUGACAAAUGGUUAGGACACAAUGAAAUAACAAUGAAAAUGUUUGAAGAAGCGAAUGUGGAGUUAAUCAUGCUGAAUUUAAAAUUAAAUGUGAAAGCGUAUCUGGAUGGAAAACAAUAUACAAUCUAA